UGCUUGACGGCUUAUGGCUGCGGUGUGCUUUUGUACAGGUAAUAGCAUUGCGACAUACACACACGGACAGAAAGUAUGGCAACUUUGCCAAAAGAUUUAUCCAUAGAAAUGUCGUUAUAACCAGAAGCUGCUGAUCCUUGCGGUGCCAUACACGUCGACCACGACAAUAGAGCUGUUCUCGAAUCACCACUCCCUCUCAACAUCACGGUGCUAUUGCAAAAACUCGGCAACAUGUCAAAACCAGCCACCACGAGCAAGUUCUCCAACUUGUCUAUGAAGAGUUCACUAAUUGGUUUAGUGUUAAUUAGUCUUAUAGUCAUCACCGCUAUCGCUUUGGCGAUGCCAGACUAUUACAGAUACCACAUCAAGUUAAAAUUGCGUACUGCCUUGAUGGACGAUCGAAAGUAUGCUUUCAUAGAGCCACAGGAUGCUCGUUUUGAUAUGAAAUCCUUGCUUCAGGAGGAAGAUAUGGUGAAAAAAAAGAACGAAGAACUCCAGCAGCAAAAAAUACAAGAUCAAUUAAAACUUUUCCAGCAAUUUCAGCAAUUUCAAGCGCAGGCGAAUUCGGGGAAUUUUAUCCAAAUACAGCAGCAAGUAGCUCCUGUUGCGGGCCAGCCAGCGCAAGCAGUUGGGAUCCUGCCGCCUGUUGCUCCCGGGGCAGUUGGGGGAGUACCAGCGGCACAAGCGGCAGUUGUUCCUGUGGCCGGCGGGGUGGCACCAGCAGAAGGCGCAGCAGCACUAGUUCCCGGCGCGGCAGCACCAGUAGCAAUUGCCCCAGCAGAACAAGCUGUCCUUGCAGCGGAAGCUGCAGACCCUCACAUGACCGCUAAAGACGAAUUAGAAGUAAAUGAGCUUUCCGCUUUAGUAAAUGAUGCAACAACUGAUGGUGAUGCUGAAGAAACUGCUGAUGUCGAGGAAGAGAAAGAUGAUAAACAAUCGCAAAAAGAGUAUCAUACCUUGCUGAGGAAGAUGAUAGAUACAGCGGUGAAGGAUACGAUUCCUUUACCCGAUGCCGAGAUAGAUGAUAUGGCCAAACAGAUCUCGAAGGAGGUGCCUUUCGUUUUGAACGUGGCCCCUCAUAAAGCCUGGCAGACACCUUGUUGGAUGAACAAGAAGAAACUAAUGUGCCUGCCAUCCGUAUACGUGCUCGGCUUCAAGAGAUGCGCCUAUAAAGAUCUCUACUACAGGAUCACAGCCCACAACCAGCUUAUCUUUUCAUGGAGGGCCGAGUCGCAGUUCUGGAGCAGAGAUGACGCCAUGGGUCUGAAGGAGACCAUGCUCAACUACGGUGCUAACGUAUACCUGAAGGGAAUGUUCGACAAAUCGCAGGUCCUGAUUGAAGGCAUGGCUGAUCCUCUCUGGAACCAGCUCUACACAAACGAAACUUCCCGUCCUGUCCCAAGAUCUCUGCUCAACGCCCAGCUGGCAAAGAAAUUCACCCCUAAAGCUAAAUUCAUCGCCAUUUUGAGGAGUCCGACUGAUAGCGCGGCCUCUUUCUAUGUUUAUCUUCGCCGGCCGGACAUUAGCACCCAGGAUGACUUCCACAAGAAUAUUGGCGAAAUCGUCAAACAAUAUAAAACGUGUGUGAAAGAAAAUGGUUAUGACCCAUGUUUUGGGAAUGGCUUUCUCCAUGAAAAUCUCCUAUACUGGACCUAUAUCAUGUAUCUGAAAGACUGGAUGGCUGUCUUUCCAAAGGAGCAGUUCUUUUUUAUAAAAAUGGAGGAAUGGGCGGACCCAAGGAAAAGGAUGUUCGUCUUGAGAGAUUUGUUUAAAUUUCUUGAAGUCAAAAAGACACCGCCAAAGACGUUACAGUUACUUGCUGCCAUGCACCGCGUCAACGACGAAUCAAGACGGUGGUACAACCCAAAUCUCAUGUCAAUGCUUCCCAGUUCAAAAAAAAUGUUGGACGAUUUUUACGCGCCUUUUAACGAAGCUUUGGCGGACUUUAUCGGAAAUGAAAAAUUCAAGUGGGAUGAGGAGCACGAGGACGAAAAAGAGGAGGACUAAGCGCCUCUCCGUCAGCAAGAUGAAUUCGGGACUCGGAUCUCCGGCAGGCAACCUGGGGACUCGCAGCUGUGACGGGAGGUCUCGGGGAGACCUGAAGACUCGCAUCUGCGAGUGGAGGCCUUAUAGGUCUCACAUUAGUAAUUAUGGGAGGCUUGCUAUGGACUCAUGUACAUCUG